AUAAUGACGUAUUUAACUGCGCGAUCAACUAGCGCUGGAAAACAAAUUUUCUCCUGAGUAUAAGUGAACAGUCGAGUUCACAGUAUAAAUAAUCCCUUUAUUGUGAUUAGUAAGUGAAUAUAUUUGAACACAGCCCGUGUCUGUCAUCUCUUACUAUCAGUUGUCGGCUGGUAGAACUUCUCGUGUUCUCGACGUUACGGCAGUGUCGUCGCUCGCUCGCUUGGCGCUAGCUAUAAACAGCAGCCAUACGUGUUUGGGGCAUGCGUAUUGGACAUCCCCGCUUUGAGGCGCUGCAAGGUUGGCUUCUGGUUAGUGUGUACAAGCUGUACAAUCUAUAAGACUUGUGCGUCAAUGUAACUUUACUAUUUAUGAAGAAAGUCUGCAUCUUCUAUUAAGUUAGUAUUAAAAGGCUGCGCUCUUUGCUCCUUUCCCCACAGUAAGUCUGCAAAAGUGUUUGCUCUCAUGACCUCAUUUUCUCCUCUCCUCGGUCAGACGGUGCUGCUGAGCGUGUUUAUGUUCCAGCUGCUGAGGAGCGUGGGACCGAGGGCUUUCUCCAUGGCUUCCGAGACGUAUGCGUCUGGCGCGCACUCGGCCGCCUUCGUCACCUGCCCCAACGACACGGUGGCCAAAGACUUGGCCAGGGGCAUCGUGCAGCAGAAGCUGGCCGCCUGCGUCAACAUUGUUCCAGCCGUCACAUCCGUGUACGAAUGGCAAGGGGCCAUCCAGGAGGACAGCGAGGUUCUGCUGAUGAUCAAGACCAGAAGCUCCAAGGUCCUCGCUCUCACCGACUACGUGCGUCAGAACCACCCGUACGAGGUGGCCGAAGUCAUCAGCCUGCCCAUCCACCAAGGCAACCCGCCCUACCUCAAGUGGAUCGCCGACGUGGUGCCCGAAUGAGGACGCGGUACUCAUGGGCAGGUGAUUAGUAUGCUAAUUACUCCCUGCCAAAAAAAGAAAAUGGCUGUAGUCAAGUUUGUAUUUUGGUCUCUAGGAGGCGUUAUCGCUCCUUCAUUUCAAUUGAUUUCACAGAGCCAUCGAACGGCAAUUGUGAUUUUAUUUUGUACAAACAAAUACGGUAGCGUAAAAUGGCGGCUAUCCUAUGAAAAUAGUCAUAACAAACACAAAAGCAUACAAUAAUUGCUACAACAAUUACUAUAUAAACCAGUCAAAUUGACCUGUUUUCAAAUCUAGAUUUUUUUUUAUAAUGUAAAAAAAUAAAUGCCAGCGUCCAAUAAAUACACAAUAGGAUUUCACUGCAAUCUCCACAAUGUCGCGCUUAGUUGCACCACAAAAAAAAAGAAUACAAUAAAACUGAAUUCUUAU